CAACAACAACAAGCCACCUUAAUGGCUUUGGGCAAGUUUAUCUUUUAGCAUGCCGACGCUACUGAUUAUGGGUUGUGUGGCAUGGAAAAAUGUCAAAGGAGAGAAUACUUGGAUGACUCUUUAAUUGGGAAUGUGUCCACAGUCCCAAGACAACCAAGCAGCUACCAAGAGUUGCCUUUAAUUAUAGAAAUAUGUCAAAUAAUUUGCAGGAUGUUUAGGGUGGAGUAGCCACCUGGUUAUCCUCCCUUCUCUGUUCUUUCCCUUACCUAAGAAUUAGCCGUACAGGAAUCUGGCUUCUGCGGUUCACACUUUGAGUGUGAUCCAGGCGGGAUCCUCUGGGCCUUGGCAAGAAGGAGAAACAGCAACAAAAGUUCAAGUAUCCAGUGCAACAAUGUCAAGUUUCCUGGGUAAUGCCCUUCGGGGCAGCUUCUUCCUGCUGCUCGGGCUAUGGUGGUCUGUCAAAUACCCAAUGAAGUAUGUGCUUCAAAAACUGAAUGCAGACAACCAGGCCAAACUUUGGAUCCAGCGUAUUGAUAUCAUAGAAGGAACUGCAAAAGCCUGCAUUGCUCUAGGAGGGAUACUGGCAGAGCAGUUUGUUCCUAAUGGACCCCACAUGUCUCUUUACGAUGAAGGGACCCAAAACUGGGUGCAGCUAAUGAGCUGGCAACAUAUGACCAUGUACUUGUUCUACGGUUUUUCCGGUGUGGUGGAUGUUCUUUCCUAUACACCACUCAAAUUGCCAGUGGGACUGGAUCGCCUCCUAGUGGCUCUGGCAUUGUGUACAGAAGGCUUCCUGUUUCAUUUCCAUGACUACCAGGGCGCAGUGUUGACCGAACACCUCUACUCUCUGUUGAGCAUUGCUAUAUUUGGAGCUGCCCUCAGCUGCUUGCUGGAAGUAUUCCUGCGAGAUCACACCAUCCUAGAAGUCUUCAGAGCCAGCCUUUUCAUUUUGCAAGGAUCCUGGUUUUGGCAGAUUGGGUUUGUCCUGUACCCGCCAUGGGGAGGUCCAGGCUGGAGUGAAGGAGACGCUGGAAACAAGAACUUCCUGACCAUGUGCUUCUUUUGGCACUAUGCGGUUGGUCUGCUUGUGAUGGCUAUCAAUAGUUCUACCAGUCGCUGUUGCACUAACGGAUGUCCCGUGAAUUUUGAAACUAUUGAUGUGGAACUUGACUUGGGCUGUUGCUUAAGAAAGGCCAACCAAACCUUGGAAACUGUCCUCUUGCCAGAGACUCUCUCCGAGGAAAAAUGAAGGCUUGCUAUUUCAGAGCACAUUUUCUCCAUUCAAAUUUUUGAAAUCCACACGAUUGCCAUUUUAUAGAAAGUGUAUGAUAUGGAAAAUCAAGGUCAAACAUGAAAGGAAAACAUCGAUUACUUCAAUGACUUCUGAUAUACGAAUCUGUCUAGUUUUUGACCUCUGCGCUGGAAAGGUGUCUGCCAUGUGAGACCAAAUUGGAGGUGCCAGGAAGUGCCCUUUUCAAUAACAGCAUCGUGAUUCUAGAGAGCCCUCGUGAGAUACAUUCUUGAGGCUCUUACUUUGGUACCAAAUCUAGGCCACUUUUAUUUUCUCGGACUUUCAUAGAUUGAUUUAUGCUUUGCAGAUUUAUAGAGGAUUUUUUUUAAAAAAAAACAUUUUAUUUAUGUUCCCAAAAUGAAUGAAAGCAAAGACAUCUAAGUACUAGAAGUAAGAAAUUAUUACAAGUAAUAAAAGAAAAAAGAACUGAGUGUGGGAACAUGGAAUAUAGUUUGUCAUUAUUUGUGAAACAAUGUACAUCUAACAAUAAAUAUUAUA